CUCUUUGAAUGAGCGAUGCAUUGCCUUGAAAGGCGGUAUGGUCAAGGUGUACAAGGGAAACAAACCCGGUGUUGAAAUGCUGUGGAAUCAGACUACCGCUCCGAACUUUGCGGUGACGUUCUGGUGGAAGCCGGACUUGCCCACUUCCUACGAGAAGAAAACAAGAAAGAGUCUUCUGUACAAAGGGCCCAAGAUUGAACAGAACUCAAAGUUGCCUUCUAACGUGCCGCUGCACAUCGAAGUGGAGCCUCAAGGAAAUGAUGUUUCCCUCAUUGUCACUGUCGCUGGAUACGAGAGCAAAGUGCCAGCAGAAAAGUGCUCCAUGCUCACAAAGCAAGAAUUUACUUUUGUUGCUGUCACGAAGCGAGACAGCUCAAUCACAGUCUGGUUGGGAGUGGACGGGAAAGAAAACUGCCAAACGAUCUGCCCAGACAAGACGCUGCUCGGAUGCAAGGAUUCCACAUCUUGUGCGACUAAAGUUCACAACUUCAACCUUCCCAGCUCGCACUCAUAUGAGACGUCAGUGGACGACGAGAUCACCAUCGUAAGCCCGUCAGCGUCGACUGACGAGAUUCCAGGGGGUUGGAUGGGGAAACUGAAUUACUUUGGCCUGGGAGGGUGGGAUCCGACGAACAAGGUACCUCUUUGGGACAAGAAGAUCCCGGACAUUGUACACAUGAGACAACCGAGUGAGUGUGGAGCGUAACUGAUGCUCGAGCGCUACUGUUCUUUUAAUGAAGCUUCGAUCGCC